AUGAAGAUUGGUGACGGUGAUCAGAGAGUCAGGAUUGUUCACUUGUCAGAUACGCAUUUGUUUCAUGACCAGAAAUAUCUACCAAGACUUCCAGCUGGAGAUGUACUCGUCCAUUCUGGUGAUUUUUGCACCACUGGCUGGUCUCGCUUGGUCAAGAAUCCAGACUACGAUAGCCAUAUAGAACAAAUCAAUGAUUUCUUCAGUAAAGUUCCUCACAAACAUAAAAUAUUUGUUGGUGGAAAUCAUGAUAUGGCAAUAGCUGGCCAAAGACAAGAAGAUGUUCAAGAGAUUCUUCACAACGUCACCUAUUUACAAGAUUCUGGUGUUAAUAUUGAAGGAAUUAAUUUUUAUGGAUCACCAUGGACAGCUUACAAGUGGAGAUCUUAUAACCGAGCUUUUGUUCGGAAGUGGGGAAAGUUUGAACAUCACUGGGAUGAUAUUCCCACUACAACUGAUGUAUUGGUGACACACAUGCCCCCUCAAGGCAUCAGGGACAUGGGAAGAGUGGGAUUUUCACCCUUCAGAAGGAACAGGAGGGACAUAUGUAAUAUCUGCCAUCAAACACACGAAGGGCUUUGUCAUCUUGGUUGUCCAAAACUACGGAACGCUAUAUUAAACAGAGUCAAACCCAAACUCCACUGUUUUGGUCAUAUGCAUGGAAGUGCAGGACAACAACAGAUUGAUAACACAACCUUCUCCAACGCUGCCCUCAGCAUUCACGUGUUCGACUAUUACGUAUAAUGGACUUUUAACAGA